AUGCAAUCAAAGCUCGCCUUUUCUCAUCCAGUGAGCACCACUGCAGCUGCUUUGGCCUACAUUCCAUCACAGCCGGUCAUUCCACUUUCUAAUGGUCCCGUCCGGCACAUGAACUCCAUUGCUGCAGCCAAUUCACUCUCUGAUUGCAGUGCUUCAUGGCAAUCGUCCUCAUCCAAUCUAUUGCCUGCACAGUCGUUUUCCAUAGACCAUGACUUGCAUUCCUUCAAUACUCUCGACUCGACCAGCCACCAUAAUCAUGCUAUGUUUGGCAGCAUCGUCGACAAUGACCCAUUUGCUGCUACUCAAGGUCUGUUUGGGGUUGACUUGGGUAACGGUCUUUUGGAUGCUUCCGAACAAAAGUUUUUCAAUGAGUUUCUGAAUGGUCUGGUGAGUAAUAGUGGUAGUGAUCUCGACAAUGGCUUUUUGGACAUGACUGCUCCUUCCUCGGCAAGCACUGAGAUUACAUAUGGGAGUCAUACUCGACCUGUUUCUGCAGUCCCUACUGCACAUAGUAACAAUACUAGUCCGCAACUCCUUCCACAGUCGUCGUACUCAACUUUUAAUCAAUUCAAUGCUUCCUGCAAUAAUCCUUCUGCUAAUAUGUCUUUCAACAGCUCCACUGAACAGGGUAAAAACAUGUUGUACAAUGGAAACUGCAAUAUUACCAGCAGCAAUCACUCUGCCUUGUAUAAUGACGGCCUGGCUCCCGUUAAUAAUAGUAAUGCUCAUUCAUUUGGUAACCAUCCAACGGGGCUCAUGUCUAGCUUUCACAAUGACUCUGCGUCAAUUGCCGUGAAUAGAUUGUUUGCACAUUCUGGAACAGAAACUCCAUAUAUGCUUCAGUCUUCAUCCAGCAAAACCUCUGCAUCUGUAUCACCUAUUGGACAAGUCGGGUCAUUGAUACCCACUCCUGAUAUCUCUGGAAAGUCCGAUGACCAAAUGCUCGGUCCAUUGCUAGUAAGCAAAAAACGGCCGCUGUUUACUGCAUCGAGUGGCAAUGAUCGAAUGGAUAGUCAAGGGUAUCCAGCAAGCGAGUCAGAGCCUACGGCUAGUUUGCAACUCAAUACAGUGACUUCGACUGCUUUACCACAGAGUUUAACACCAGUAGUCUUGCCAAGCACUAGUCUUGCAUCUGCUUUAUUACCUUCAAAAACAACAGCAUCUUGCACUAUGCCAGCUAUUACACGAUCAAAGGGUAGAGCACGUCGCUCUUCUUUGGCAAAAUCUGCAGCUAUGGCGACAGAUCCACCACAAAUUCCAGAUCUGAUGGCAUCUGAUCACAUCAUUGAAACUACUAUUGUAGCUGCAGCGAACACAGGUAAUGUGCAUGCUUUACCUACAUCUAUACCAGCUACUAGAAAGGCAUCACGAUCAUUCAAAAACGUAUCAGAAACAUCCAAAAUCAAAACCAACUUGUCAAAAGCAGCAUCAUUUGAUGAGGAGGAUACAUCGCAAGGUACAACACAACCUUUUAAAAAUACAAUGAAUCAAAAUUCACUAGCAACACAACCCGAUCCAGAACAACCCGUCACAUCAGUUUCUAAGCGCAAGCAAAUCAAACGAGAUCUUCUCACUGAAGACGAAAAGAGAUUCAAUCAUGUUGUAUCUGAGCAAAAAAGACGUAAUUUAAUACGGAUUGGAUUCCAGACUCUUGUGGAUCUAACGCCAUUUCUUGCCAACACACCGCCUGUCUCAACUGGACCUGGUAAUACAGGUGGAUGCCACAGCAAAAGUGCCAUACUGUUCAAAUCAGCAGAUUAUAUUCGAGAGUUAAAAGCACAGGUGGAUGCUUUGAAAAGCGAGCUUGAACGCCAAUCUAAAGAGUUGGGAGUAGAUGGAGAUAUUGAACGUAUUAUGGAACAGGCAUCAAGUGUAGCAGCAGAAGUUUCGAUGGAAGCCAGUGCAUCUUGUGGGGCCAUGGGAAAUUGUUGAAUGAAUCUAGAUAGUCUUUGCAU